AUUAUUAUCAUCCAUAGUAUUAUAUUUAGUCUAUUUAGUAUUUUGUGCCUGUUAUAUCACUGACACUAAACAGUAAACCCUGUCGGUUAUUUUAUGUUUUUUCUGUUAUAUUAAUUAUUACUUAAUUUGUUUAAAUAACGAAAAACAAUGAAAAUAAUAAAUGAUUAUUUUUCAUCUGAUUCAAAUAAGAAGAAAAGCAUUGAUCAGAAUGUGAAUGAAAAUUAAUUUUCAUAAUUAAACGAAAAACCAUCAAAUGCAAUCGACGCAUUAAAGCUAUGUAAUUCAAUUAUUUUCCCGAGUAUUCACAUGUUAUUAAAAAUAUUAUGUACACUGCCAAUAUCAACAGCUACCCCAGAAAGAAUGUUUUCAAAUUUAAAAAGAGUGAAAACUUAUUUGAGAAAUACAAUGAAAGAGGACAGAUUGAAUGGACUGACCAUGUUGUCAAUAUAUCGUGGAAUGCCCUUAACAGCCGAAGAGGUUAUUGAUGAGUUGGGACGAAAACCAAGAAAAUUAGAAAUUAUUUUAUAAGUUUAUAAUUUAUAAUAAAAUGCAUUUUUUAAGAAUCUUUGUCUUCUACUAGAUAAUAUUUAUUUUUUUUAGAGCUUUUAUUAUCAACUAUUACAGCUCAGUACUAGGUAAUAUGUUUUUGUUUUUCUAUGAAACCCCCCCCACUGAAAAUUGCUGUGUACGCCACUGAGCCGCCCGAGGCAAAUACACCCUGUAGCUCCCCCCUAAAUACGGCCCCGUUCACACCCAAAUUAUA